GCUUGCGGAGACAAAAACAAGGAGCAUGGAAGAGGAAGUAAUCAAGCUACAGAAAUGCUUACAGGACAAGGAUGAGCAACUGCGUUCAUCCACAAGUAGCACGAAACAGUACCAUCAUGAGUUGGAUGAUCUUAGAACACAUUUGUCAUUUACUCAAGCUACAGGAGAAGCAGGUGUUGCAUCAGCCAUGUCAUUGCUGAAAGAGCUGAAUGAGAAGGACAUCUCACUCAAAGACCAUAGACUUCGAGUGAACAAUCUAGGUGAGCAUCUUGAUCUUCUCCAAAAGGAUGUACAAGCAAGGGAGGACUCACAAAUGCAACUUAAAGAUAUAGUUAUAAGGAUCGAGACCAACAUCAUGGAUGAAGUUGCCAAAGCUUUUGAAAUUGCGAUGUUGAGAGGGGAAAUCAGAAUAUUGUCUACUCACUGGACGAACAAAACCAAGAACCUUGAAUCACAGUUAAAAAAGCACCAGCAAACUGAUCAGGAGCUGAAGAAGAGGGUUCUAAAGCUUGAAUUUUGUCUCUGGUCCUGUCAUCCCCUGGUGCAUUCGCCACCGCACCUACCACUGUUACUAGCUCCCUUGCUCUUCUCUUGCUGCGACUGGGAUAAAGCAUCGUGGAUCUUGAACCUAGGCCAGAAUUUAGGCGGGUCUAGAACCACCAUGAUGCCUGGAACAUACUCCUAUUUUAUCUGA